AACGAGAUGGCCAGCUGAGCUUCGGCGUGCAACAAUGACCACCUGUCAAGCACCCCACUGCGCGGACUUUAUUAUUCACUAACGAAUCUCAGAUGUAUUCAUCCCCACCGCCUCCUCCGCAUUAGCAACAACAACCAGCAGCACGUUCCCAUCUCCUCUCCGCUCUGGGCGCCCGCAGCAUCAGUACCAGCAUCACGUAGCCGUGGAACAGCCCUGCUGCAUGCGAUCUGCCCAGACCUAUCGGAGAAACCCCACAAGGCUCGAUCUGUCACCGGUUCACUCAUUGGCCAGAGAGGACGAUCAGAAACUAUGUAAAAAUGCAUCAAGCGAUGCUGUGGACUCCGAUCGAACCUCCGGAGGAUUGGAGCGCGGAUCUCAGCGCUGGUUCACCAGUUGACGCGGAGAACUGAGGGGUAGGACAGCGAUUCAUUUUGAUUAUCUGACAUCGUGCGACACCGCACAUCUUGCCCCUUUUUUCUCUACGUUUCACGGAAGCCGAAGCAGUCGAGAAUAGUCCGACCGAGGGAUGUAAACGUGCUUGGUCCGAGUAGACUGGAUUACGGGAUUAUAGGGGACUGAUUAUUGGAGAAUCACCGGAGCAAAGUGUCAGCCUCGCCGUAGAUGCUCUUGAAUGACGGGAAUACAAAAGGUUGGACAGGUUGAAGCGCCCUUAUUCGGGGUUUUGGUGCACUUUGGAGCCAGGACUAAACGUGUGGUCGGUGAGCGCAACCCGUGUGCAACAGUGUGCCGCACCGAGGAGCUAAAGUCAAUGCAUUGUGAAUAGUAAUAAUGGGCAAUGCUGCAUUUCGGAGCGGGCAUGUCAGUGUUUGCCGUAGCUUAGGUGUAGAUGUCGCAUGAGGGCAAUGCGCUUUAGUGGGCUCCAGUCUAACCUUCAGCAUCCAGACGGGUUUAACCUUGAUGCGGUGGGAGACGCAGCACCCUUUAGCUCCUCUGUGUUCUUUGGUGCUUCGCUCGAGAAGGGGGGAUUCUGUCAAGCCAUGUUGGAUUUCAUCUGUCAUUCCUGCGUGAGGUGUCGCCGGGCGGUCAUCUUUGUGGACAGAAAGAGUUCACCAUGGCUCUACGGAAUGUAAAAUAGCUGAUCGGAAACCGAUGAAAGGAGAGAAACGGCUCAUUAAUCGAUUACGUUUCCAAACGCGUUUGGAUCAGCGAGGAGCCACAUGCCUGGGCGGUUUAGUCCUCUAGGUUUGCUGUAAUCAACAGGUUGAAAGUCAAAGAGGAUUUUUCUCUCCUUCUACCGCAUAUCCAGUGUCAGGGAUGCGCCUCUCUGUCCCUGUUUUCUUUCUCUUGUGGGUUAAAGCCCUCUCGUUGAAAAACCUAAAUUAUUCCGUUCCGGAGGAGCAGGGACCGGGGACUGUCAUCGGGAAUAUCGCGAAAGAUGCCGGAUAUGGCACGUUGGAGAGAGGCAAGAAAUCCAACUUUCGGGUCCUGGAGAAUUCCGCCCCGCACUUGGUGGACAUCGACCCGGAGAGCGGACUGGUGUUCACCAAACAAAGGAUUGACAGGGAGACGCUGUGCCGACGCAGCCCCAAGUGCCAGCUCUCCAUGGAGGUUUUCGCCAACGACAAGGAAAUAUGCAUGAUCAAGAUUGACAUCCAAGAUAUUAACGACAACUCGCCCAGCUUCCCCUCCGACCACGUCAAUAUUGAUAUUUCCGAGAACGCAGCUGCCGGGACACGCUUCCCCCUCACCAUCGCACAUGACUUGGAUUUUGGGGAAAACGGCAUUAAAACUUAUCAGGUCACCCGAGAUGAUUACAAUACGUUUUCCUUGGAUUUAAAAGUGCGGGGAGAUGGGACCAUUUACCCAGAGCUGGUGGUUCAGAGACCUCUGGACAGGGAAGACCAAAGCCAUCACACCCUCCUCCUGACUGCCAUCGACGGGGGGGAAUAUCCCAGAUCAGGCUCCAUGCAGAUCAACGUCAGGGUCACUGAUUCCAAUGACAACAGCCCUGUUUUUGAAAAGUCCUCCUACGUCAUUGAGAUUCCAGAGAACUCUCCGCCGGGAAAAAUACUGAUUGACUUGAACGCCACAGACCAGGACGACGGCAGCAACGGUCAGGUGGUGUACUCCUUCACGGGGUACGCGUCCGAGCGCAUGCAGGACCUGUUCUCCAUCGACCCCAACACGGGCGUCAUCAAGAUCCAGGGGGAGAUCGACUACGAGGAGAACCCCAUCAUCGAGUUCGACGUCCAGGCCAAGGACCUGGGUCCCAACCCCAUCCCGGGCCACUGCAAGAUCACCGUCAAGGUGCUGGACAAGAACGACAACUGGCCGCUGAUCAGCUUCAUGUCGGUGCGCCAGGGCGCCAUCAGCGAGGCGGCGCCCCCGGAGUCAGUCAUCGCGCUGGUGAGGGUGACGGACAAGGACUCGGGGCGCAACGGGCAGCUGCAGUGCCGGGUCCUGGGCAACGUGCCGUUCCGGCUGCAGGAGAACAACGACAACUUCUACACGCUGCUCACCGACCGGCCGCUGGACCGGGAGCUGAAGGACGAGUACAACAUCACCAUCGUCGCCCGCGACAACGGCCUGCCCUCGCUCAACUCCACCAAGUCGUUCACCGUCAAGGUGCUGGACGAGAACGACAACGCGCCGCGCUUCACCAAGGCCGUGUACGUGCUGCAGGUCCCCGAGAACAACAUCCCGGGGGAGUACCUGGGGUCCGUGCUGGCCCACGACCCGGACGUGGGGCGCAACGGCACCGUGUCCUACUCCAUCCUGCCCUCGCACAUCGGUGACGUGUCGGUGUACACCUACGUCUCCGUUAACCCCACCAACGGCGCCAUCUACGCCUCGCGCUCCUUCAACUACGAGCAGACCAAGUUCUUUGAGUUCAAGGUGCAGGCCAAGGACGCGGGCGCCCCCCACAUGGAGAGCACGGGGACGGUGCGCGUCAGCAUCCUGGACGUCAACGACAACCUGCCCGUCAUCGUGCUGCCGCUGCUGCAGAACGACACCGCCGAGAUCCCCGUGCCGCGCAACGUGGGCAUGGGCUACAUCGUGACCACGGUGAAGGCGGUCGACCACGACCACGGCGAGAGCGGCCACCUCACCUACGAGAUCUCCGAGGGCAACGAGGACCACCUGUUCGAGAUGGACCCGGUGGGGGGCGAGGUCAGGACCGCCCACGCCCUCUGGGAGGAGGUGGCGCCCGCGGUGGAGCUGGUGGUCAAGGUGACGGACCACGGCAAGCCGCCGCUGUUCGCCGUGGCCAAGCUGAUCAUCAGGGCCAACCCCGAACCGGCGCCGGGCGGCAGCUCCAGCCCCAGCGGGGAGCCCCAGCCCUGGGACGUGUCCCUCCCCCUCAUCGUGACCCUCUGCAUCAUCUCCGUCAUGCUGCUGGCCGUCAUGGCCGCCAUCGCCGUCAAGUCCAAGCACCAGGACAAGGAGACGGGGAACUACAACUGCCGCAUGGCCGAGUACUCCAAUCCGCCGGCGGGGAAGGGGAAGAAGAAGAGGAUCAACAAGAGUGACAUCAUGCUGGUGCAGAGUGAGAUGGAGGAGCGGGAUUCGGCGAGCCGCAUGAACGUGGUGAGCAGCCCCUCGCUCAUCACCUCGCCCAUCUGCUUCGACUACCAGAGCCCGCUCCCCCUGACCCUGCCGCGGUCGGAGGUCAUGUACCUGAAGACCACCCCCAACAGCCUGACCGUGCCGCGCGCCGCCUGCCACUCCAGCUUCGCCGGCCUCGGCGGGGAGACGCAGGGCAGCAACAGGAUGUCGGUGAUCCAGACGGAUAAUUUUCCCUCUGAGCCCAAUUACGUCGGCAGCAGGCAGCCGUUUGUUCAGAGCUCCACCUUUAAGGACGCCGAGAGGGCCAGCCUGCGAGACAGCGGCCACGGGGACAGCGACCAGGCAGACAGUGACCAGGAUACUAAUAAAGGCUCGCACUGCGACACAUCUGGCAGAGAGGCCCUCAAGAUGAAAGCAACCACCGCAGUUAAUAGCCAGCCUCUUGAGCAGGCCCCUCCGGAACGCUCCGCCCACUGCACGGACGAGUGCCGCGCCCUCGGACACUCGGACCGCUGCUGGAUGCCCAAGCUGCGGGCGGCGGGCGGCGGCGGGCAGCUGGCGGACGGCGCUGCCGCCGCCGCCGCCACCGCCGUCGCCACGGACAACCGCACCAACCUCUUCAUCCCCGUCGGCAUGGAGACGCUGCUGGAGACGGAGCUGUACGGCACCAUCAGCCGCCGGAAGACCCUGAGCACCUUCGGCAAGGAGCAGGCGCGCGACGGCACCAUCCUGGUGGCCAACGUCAAGCCCUACCUGAAGGCCCAGCAGGGGGCGCCGAGCCAGGAGACCCCGUCGCUGUCCGCCUCCUGCAGCCCCCCGCCCCCGCCCCUCCCCACCAGCCGGCCCCCCCUGGACCUGCUGCCCAGCCCGCAGUCCAAGGAGGAGAUGAGGGGUGGUGGUGGGGGCGGCGGCGGAGGAGGAGGCGGAGGCGGAGGCUUGGACAACAGUGCCUACGGCCCCCCGGACGGCCAGUGCUCGCCGCCGCACACGGAGAUGGAGGAGCCGCGCUUCCUGGGCGGCGGCCUGGAGCUGCGGCCCAAGAGCGUGUCCAGCGGCCUGGUGCACAGCUCGCUGAUCAGCCAGGAGUGUGGGGCGCCUGAGGGCGCCAUGGACCCUCAGCGACAAUCUGGGAACUGACCCCCGUCAGUACGCCCACUCCGCCCUCUCUCUUUCUCUCGCUCUCUCGCUCGAUCUGCUCUCCAAGCUCUCCCUCCCCCCCCCCCCCCCCCCCCCCUCC